GUUUUGAGCCCGUCCCCGAAGUGCAAUUUGCUGGCGGCGUUUGGCAAUCAAUGUCCGAACUGAACUCGGCGCAUCCCAGAGACAGUGAUAUCACAUUGCGCGGGGCAAUAUAUAAAUACAUACCUGCGCGCACCGGAAACGGCAUACUACUUUCUUCCGAGACACAACAAGACGAUAGACACACAACAAGACAACGGAGCAAAGCAAAAAGAGGCAAACCGCAAGGCAAAAUGCUGGGCAAGAUCCUCCUCACCCUCGACGCGAUCGGCCUCCUAUUCGGGGCGCCGCUAGCCGACUACAACCACACGCACAUCUUCAACCCGCGCUGGCCGCCGCACGCAAAGUUCCACGGCGCGCAGACCAUCACGCUCUCGGUGGCGCUGGGGCUGGCGACCCUGUACAACACGUGGCUGUCCAGCACCGGCACCGGCGGCGGCGCCGACGGGCGCCGCGAGUCGCUCCGCAACGCCCUCUUCUGCGGCACCAUCUACUGGCUGGCCGGGAUGGCCUCGAUCCUGUAUCCCGGGACGGCAGGGCUGGAUCCCGAGUUUGGCGGCCCGGGGUUCCCGCAGCUGCGCCUCUUCACCGCGUUUGCCGGCCUGGGGGUGGCCGGGUGGUUCCUCGAGUCGAGGUUGAUGUGAGGAAGUGGAGUCCCCGGGGUGGGGUUGUGAGGAAGGAGAGUCCCCGGUUGUGAGGAAGAGGAAGGAGACGAGAGUCCCCGGGGUGGGGGGCACUGUUUUUUGGG